GGUGAGGCAGGUAGGUAAAGGUUGGUAGAGACUGGAUGUAUGUAGUCUGGAAGGAGGGGAGAGAGAGAGAGAGAGAAAGCACGAUUGUAUGGUUGUACGAAGUAUUGGAUGCGCUUAAUUAGGAUUGAGUCUACUUACAUGCUACUUACAUGCUUAUUAUGUAGUGUCUCCUCCAAUGUGUGCCCCCCUACAUUAUGUAUUUCUCCCUCUAGUUACAUACCUAGACCUACCUCACAUGCUUUCAAAGCUACCUACAUACCUACACCUACAUACAUGAUACAUACUUUCACCACCUCGCAGCGAGCAUCGUCAACUAAGACGCUGUACCCUCGAUUCGGAAGCCUGGCCAAUUGGUUCCCUUUUCAGCCAGGCAGAAUAUCCAGUUCUCAUAGGACCGCUUCUCGUUGCCGCCUUAAGCCACAUCACACCUAGCAUGGCUUAAUUAUUGCUUUGAUCAUUGAUCGCCUCUACCUACUUGGGAUAAUCAGAUGCGAGAGAAUCGCUCGUGUUGAGAAGGGCGUACAGUUGCACGACACGACACGUCGUGUUUGCUACCGUAC